AUGGUCGGACAGAAAAGUUGUGAUAGGCACGGUGUUGACUGUGUUUAUGACAGACCAGCCAAAUCCAAUGGACCUUCUACCCCCAAGAUUCAACGUAACGCAUCUUUUGAGCGGACCAGUCAAACUGCUGGGAGCAGCUCAGAAUCUUCACAUUUGAUGAUCGGAGAGAGUCGCGAUCGCCGUUAUCGAGAAAUGCGGUUGUUGCACUAUUUUACUGUGAAAGUAACAAGGACGUUCCCGGGAUACUUUCUGCCUGAAGUUAAGACGAUUUGGACCGAAGAUGUGCCUGUCAUGGCUAUGGAAUACGAGCCCUUGCUUAACGCCAUCAUGGCCUUGUCCAUUCAACACAUGGUGUUCAUGGACACAACCAGCGGAAUUUUGCAACCAAACCAACUUGCAUCACAAGGGGCAAAGUAUCUCGAAGCGACUCUCCAGGAGCAUCGCAGGGCCAUUGGUUCUCUAGAUAGGACCAUCGCCGACCCUGCCAGCUUCACGUCUGUGAUUCUCGCACUCUAUGCGUUUGCAAACUUGAGAGAGCGGACAUUUGAGCCGUACAUUCCUCCAGUCCCGUGGCUACAAAUGUGCAAAGGGGUAAUGAACGUAUUCAGAAUCACCAUGGCGUUCGUACGCAAUGACCCAACGGCGAAGAUAAAUGUGGUCAACCAAUCGUCCUCCGCGUUCGUCGAACCCUCGGUCAUCUUCUGUGAGGCACACAGAAAUCGGUUCCCAUACCUGCUCAUUUCACAGCCAAGAGAGUCUGAUACUGAAGAGGACCAAGAGGCGUACUCUAGCACUGCCUGCUUGAUCGGGGCGUUGUUGACUGCCCAAGAAGGAGGCGAACCAUCCGUAACGACCUGGAGGAAGGUCGUCAUAUUCCCAAUUCUCUUUCCAAUGCGGUUUGUAGAUUUGCUGAGCCUCCGACGGCCGCGUGCUCUUGUCAUUCUUGCACACUACUUUGGCGUGGCCUCAAAAUUUGACAGCGUAUGGUGGGUGGGAGAUAGCCCUCGAAGGGAAGUUCUCGCGAUUGCGGAGUAUCUAGGAUCAGAUUGGCAGUAUCAGAUGGCGUGGCCGAUGGAGGCUAUUCGCCAAACAAGCACUCCAUCUGGUCUUGCGGCGACAAUACAAUAA